CGUGCAGGAGGAGGGCGGCGUGGGCCUGGGGGUGCAGGAGCGCGGCGGCCGCGGCCACGAGCCCAGCCUGGGGGUGGUGUGGGGGCCGCCCGACGGAGCGGACUGGAGGCGCCCGCCGCAGUGGACGGGCUCCGCGGGCUGGCCUGUGGCGCAGGAGGAGGCGCUGGGGCCCGGCAAGCAGCACCAGGAGAAGGGGGGAGGCAGCCCCGCAGUGCAGGAGCGGGGGGAGGCCCGCGCCGGGGUGCAGGAGCAGGGGGAGGGGAGCCCACGCAGGCUGCUGCAGCAGCAGCCGGAGCAGCUGCCCGAGUUCGGGGACGGCUCCUGGGAGCGCGGGGAGGAGCUCGAAAGUUCCGGGGAACAAGGGGAGCGGUAUUGGGAGAGCAGUAGGCACCUCAGCCGGGAGGCGGUGGUCCUCGGAGCGGCCCCUGCGCGUCGGGAGAGACUCGAGCUGGUAGGAAGGGCCCGGCCCGUCGGGCCCAAGGGGCCUGAAGGGGAGGGGCGCCUAGGGGUGCAGGAAGCGAAUUGGCUGCCCGGGGUGCAGGAAGGACAGGUGGUUCAAGCUGUCCAGGAAACAUACCUGGAGGGGAAGGGGUCCCAGGAAGGAGAGGGGCCCCCCGAGGGGCACAGGACCCUGAGGCGCAGGACCGUAAGGCGCAGGCGGAGGAGGAGGUGGUAACCCCAGGGCGGAGGGAAGCACAGGAUGUAGGGGUUGGGGGAGCAGACGAGUGCUGUGAACCGCGGACAGUUGAAAGCUGCCCGACGGCAGGCUGUGGCCUGCAGAUCCUCUUCUGCCACCUCCGCCGCCUGGGCAUCAUCGAAGCCGUGUCUGCAGGGAGGCAGCAGAAGGCGGCAGACAGAUGCUGUUGUCUCUCUUGGGUAAUCCUUAGGACUGGAAUGACUGGAUCACCCAUGAGGCUGGGGAGCAGCAGCAUGCAGCCAGAGGAGGGCACAGGCUGGCUGCUGGAGCUGCUGUCGGAGGUGCAGCUACAACAGUACUUCCUGCGGCUCCGCGACGACCUCAACGUCACACGCCUGUCCCACUUUGAGUAUGUCAAGAAUGAAGACCUGGAGAAGAUCGGCAUGGGACGGCCUGGCCAGCGGCGGCUGUGGGAGGCUGUGAAGAGGAGGAAGGCCAUGUGCAAGCGCAGGUCCUGGAUGAGCAAGGCUCCCAUCUGGCCCCGGGCUGCCUUCAAACAGGUGUUCAGUGGAAAGCGGCCGGAGGCUGAGUUCCCUCCUCAUCACUCUCAGAGCACCUUCCGAAAGACCUCUCCCACCACGGGGGGCCCUGCAGGGGAGGGGCCCCUGCAGAGCCUCACGUGCCUCAUCGGGGAGAAGGACCUGCACCUCUUCGAGAAGCUGGGGGAUGGCUCCUUUGGCGUGGUGUGCAGGGGCGAGUGGGACGCGCCCUCGGGGAAGACGGUGAGUGUGGCUGUGAAGUGUCUGAAGCCUGAUGUGUUGAGCCAGCCGGAGGCCAUGGAUGACUUCAUCCGGGAGGUCAACGCCAUGCACUCGCUUGACCACCGCAACCUCAUCCGCCUCUACGGUGUGGUGCUCACACCGCCCAUGAAGAUGGUGACAGAGCUGGCACCUCUGGGCUCGUUGUUAGACCGGCUGCGCAAGCACCAGGGCCACUUCCUCCUGGGGACUCUGAGCCGCUACGCCGUGCAGGUGGCUGAGGGCAUGGGCUACCUGGAGUCCAAGCGCUUCAUUCACCGUGACCUGGCUGCGCGUAAUCUGCUGCUGGCCACCCGGGACCUGGUCAAGAUCGGGGAUUUUGGGCUGAUGCGAGCACUACCCCAGAAUGACGACCACUACGUCAUGCAGGAGCAUCGCAAGGUGCCCUUUGCCUGGUGCGCACCUGAGAGCCUGAAGACGCGCACCUUCUCCCAUGCCAGCGACACCUGGAUGUUUGGGGUGACGUUGUGGGAGAUGUUCACCUAUGGCCAGGAGCCCUGGAUUGGCCUCAAUGGGAGUCAGAUCCUGCACAAGAUCGACAAGGAGGGGGAGCGCCUGCCGCGGCCUGAGGACUGCCCCCAGGACAUCUACAACGUUAUGGUUCAGUGCUGGGCUCACAAGCCAGAGGAUAGACCCACCUUCGUGGCCCUGCGGGACUUCCUGCUGGAGGCCCAGCCCACUGACAUGCGGGCCCUGCAGGACUUUGAGGAACCGGACAAGCUGCACAUCCAGAUGAAUGACGUCAUCACGGUCAUUGAGGGAAGGGCUGAGAAUUACUGGUGGCGCGGGCAGAAUACGCGGACGCUGUGUGUGGGGCCCUUCCCUCGCAACGUGGUGACCUCUGUGGCGGGCCUAUCGGCCCAGGACAUCAGCCAGCCGCUGCAGAAUAGCUUCAUCCACACGGGGCAUGGUGACAGCGACCCCCGCCACUGCUGGGGCUUCCCAGACAAGAUUGAUGAGCUGUAUCUGGGAAACCCCAUGGACCCUCCUGACCUGCUAAGUGUGGAACUGAGCACCUCCCGACCCACCCAGCACCUAGAAAGGGUGAAAAAACCAGCCUACGACCCUGUGAGCGAGGACCAAGACCCCCUGUCUAGCGACUUCAAGAGGCUGGGCCUGCGGAAGCCAGGCCUGCCCCGAGGGCUGUGGCUAGCGAAGCCCUCGGCCCGGGUGCCGGGCACCAAGGCAGGCCGCGGCGGUGGGGGUGAGGUUACGCUCAUCGACUUUGGCGAGGAGCCUGUGGCCCUGGCCCCACGGCCCUGCACGCCAUCCCUGGCACAGCUGGCCAUGGACGCCUGCUCCUUGCUGGACAAGACCCCGCCCCAGAGCCCCACACAGGCACUGCCCCGGCCCCUGCACCCCACGCCCGUAGUGGAUUGGGACGCCCGCCCGCUGCCCCCGCCGCCUGUCUACGAUGAUGUGGCCCAAGAUGAGGAUGACUUUGAAGUUUGCUCCAUCAACAGCACUCUCGCGGCCACUGGGGGCUCUGCUGGGCCCAGCCAAGGCGAGACCAAUUACGCCUUUGUGCCUGAGCAGGGGCGGUUGUUCCCGCCCCUGGAGGACAACCUGUUCCUCCCACCCCAGGGUGGGGACAAGCCGCCCAGCUCCGCCCAGACUGCAGAGAUCUUCCAGGCGCUGCAGCAGGAGUGCAUGCGGCAGCUGCAGGUCCCGGCCGGCUCGCUGACCCCCUCACCCAGCCCGGUGGGCGACGACAAGCCCCAGGUGCCCCCCCGGGUGCCCAUCCCCCCACGGCCCACCCGCCCACGUGCGGAACUGUCGCCGGCCCCCUCAGUCGAGGAGGACAUGGGGCGCUGGCCUGAACCUGCCUCUCCUCCCCGGAUCCCACCCCGAGAGCCCCUGUCACCACAUGGCUCACGGACCCCCAGCCCCCUGGUGCCACCUGGGAGCUCCCCACUCCGGCUCUCAAGCUCACCUGGGAAGGCCAUGCCCACCACCCAGAGCUUUGCCUCCGACCCCAAGUAUGCCACACCCCAGGUGAUACAGGCACCUGGGCCUCGGGCCGGCCCCUGCAUCCUGCCUAUCGUCCGCGACGGCAAGAAGGUCAGCAACACCCACUACUACCUGCUUCCUGAGCGCCCCUCCUACCUCGAGCGCUACCAGCGCUUCCUGCGAGAGGCCCAGAGCCCUGAAGAGCCGGCCCCCUUGCCUGUGCCCCUGCUGCUGCCCCCACCCAGCACCCCGGCCCCCGCUGCCCCCACUGCCACUGUUCGACCGAUGCCCCAGGCCGCCCCAGACCCCAAGGCCAACUUCUCCACCAACAACAGCAACCCAGGGGCUCGGCCGCCAUCCCUGAGGGCUGCUGCUCGGCUGCUGCAGAGGGGCUGCCCUGGGGAUGGGCCGGAGGCCGGACGGCCCGCAGACAAGGUCCGGAUGCUGCAGGCCAUGGUGCAUGGGGUGACCACAGAGGAGUGCCAGGCCGCCCUGCAGAGCCACGGCUGGAGUGUACAGAGGGCUGCCCAGUAUCUGAAGGUGGAGCAGCUCUUUGGGCUGGGUCUUCGACCGCGGGGCGAGUGCCACAAAGUGCUGGAGAUGUUCGACUGGAAUCUGGAACAAGCCGGCUGCCACCUCCUGGGCUCCUGUGGCCCUGCCCACCACAAGCGCUGAGACUGGAGAGCCAGAGGGUCUUCCCUGAAGGAAUCACUUGGCCAACCAUCUGACAAGGGUGGGCCGAUGCCCCCGCCCAGGCCUGGAGGACCUGCUGCCCCAGUGGGCAGAGCAAGGCCAAGGCAGCAGGAGGCUGGGCCCCACCAUGCCCGCCCCUCCCUCACCCAGCGCUGUCCUCGCGCACUUCCGUGCAGCCCUUGGUGCCAGCCACAGCGUGGGAAGGGGCCCUGUGCAGACAUUUCUGGGGCUGCCUCGGUGGGCCCUGCUGGCUGACCUGCCUGUGGAUCCAGUCCGUGACUGGGCUGGACUGGUGCCCCCAGGCCCUGCUCAGGGGACCAGACUGAAGGGGAGCCAGGCUUGACCCAGGAAGGGAGGGUGUGCUGGCUACACAGAAGGGAGGACCAGCACCCUGGUGGGCCCUCCCCAGGGUGGGACCUUCCCCAGGGCAUCCCUGGCGGGCAGUUAGGGUAGCAGAUGGCCUGUGGAUUAUGGCCUGGCCACGGACAUGUGAUGUUGGCUGGUCUUAGUACCUUGUGCCUGGAAGUAGGCCAGGGUGGCUCGGGAAGCGAAGAAAAGGUGCCAGUCCGUUCUCUGGCAGGGACCAGGGCUCAGUGCCCCAGGGUUGGAAAGAGACCAAGGGGGCAGCUGCCCUGGAGGGAUACCAGUGCUUCCUCUUUGACCCCAGCCCUUCCCCCUGUGCUGUUCCGUGUUUUUCCACCAGCCUCUGUCGCCAAAGUUGUUGCCCCAGCUAUGGAUACCUGCUUCUU